UCCCAUCUCACUGAAAGAGCCAUUCCCACUCAUAAUACUACACUUUUCGUUCGCCAAUUAGCGCUCUUUUUCCUACCAUCUCACAGCGUCAAAACGCUGCCAACACUUGCUGACCAUGCCAUCUCUCGUCGGUUCAGUCAACCACUUCGAUAUCAAGCGCAAAGCGCACGGCCUAAGCCGCCGGAGCCAGGAGCAGACAUGGAACCCCUUUCGUCAUGUAUCGUGGGAUAAUCAUCCCAGCAAGCGGUCCACUUGGGACGGCGCCAACCUCGAGGCCCAGCGCGAAGCCCUUGCCGAAGACAUGGAAACCGACGACGCGAUACAUCACGUUCAGAGCGAACCGGCCGCCAGGGAUUCCGACAUCGCACGCACCAGCUUGAGGAAAGAGACGAGGUCGGGCUCGGGCAGUGGAAGCGGUGAUACCGCGUACGAGAACAAGCCCGAAGAUGGCGGCGUCCUGAGGAAUCGCAAGUCUGAAGCUGCACAGGAUGAAGGGGUCUCGCCAGAGGAGGAGAUGGAAAAGCCCAAAAAGCAGAAGUCGGGCUUGAUCAAACACGUCGAACCCAAAGCGCCCUUUACGGUCGCCAAUCAACUGCAACGCACGCUGCUCAGUUCCUACAUCAACGUUUUGAUACUGGCCGCCCCCGUCGGUAUCGCCAUCAGCUACGUCGGUUCCGUCAACAAGAUCGCCGUCUUCGUCGUCAACUUCAUCGCCAUCAUCCCCCUGGCAGCCAUGCUGGGCUUCGCUACCGAAGAGAUCGCACUGAGAACCGGAGAGACUUUGGGAGGUCUCCUCAACGCAACCUUCGGCAACGCCGUCGAGCUCAUCGUCGCCAUUCUCGCCUUGGUCGAGGGCAAGGUCUUGAUCGUGCAGACCUCGCUCAUUGGCUCCAUUCUCUCCAACCUGUUGCUCGUCAUGGGCUUCUGCUUCUUCUUUGGCGGUCUCAACCGACCCGAACAAUACUUCAACACGACCGUUGCCCAGACCGCCGCCUCCCUCCUCUUCAUCGCUGUCGCCUCCGUCAUUGUCCCUACCGUCUUCGACAAGAAUGACCACACUGACAAUCCCACCCACGUUGCCGCUCUUUCGCGAGGCACCGCCGUCAUUCUCCUCAUCAUUUACGCUUCCUAUCUCUUCUUCCAGCUCAAGACGCACAACGCCGUCUUCAACGAGGAGUCUCAAAAGGUCGCCGCCAAACCCUGGAGUCGCGGUGGCCUGAAGGAGGGCGCGCUUGCCCGUGGAUUGGCUGGCACUGGUGCACGCAUGGCACACACUGGUGUCCGCAAUGAUGGCGAGGAUGACCGUCGGGAGCUCAGCCGGAUCAUGAUGCAGCGUCACGACGAGGAGGACGACGAGGACGAGGGGCCACAAUUGCACUUCUUCGUGGCCGUCGGUACCCUCACCCUUGCUACUGUCUUGAUUGCAUUUUGCGCCGAGGCCAUGGUUAGCUCCAUCGACUACGUUACCAAGCAGGGUGGCAUCAGCGAGGAAUUCGUCGGUCUCAUUCUUUUGCCCAUCGUCGGUAACGCCGCCGAGCACGCCACGGCUGUUACGGUGGCCAUUAAGGACAAGAUGGAUCUUGCUAUUGGUGUUGCCGUCGGCUCCAGUAUGCAGGUUGCCCUGUUCCUGAUCCCAUUGUUGGUGAUUGUUGGAUGGGGCAUGGGCAACGACGAGAUGACGCUCAGUUUCGAUCAGUUCCAGGUUGCGGUGCUGUUUGUCGCCGUCUUGUUGGUCAACUACCUGAUUAGCGAUGGCAAGAGUCAUUGGCUCGAGGGGCUGCAGCUCAUUUGCCUGUAUGCCAUUAUUGCUACGUGCUCUUGGUGGUACCCUGCUAGCGGCGUUGCUGGCUAAGACGGUAGCUUCAUGCCAUGGCUUUGAUUUAAUGUUCCAUUUCCGGGUCAAGAAACCCGUUCGAUCUAGCGUUUGUGCGAUAACUUUUCUAUUCCCAUAAUGUUUUGUAUUACGAAGGAACCUUUUUCCUUCUGUGUAUAUAUAACAAACAUACAUGAUCUUCCAGAAUCGGGGCACUGUACACUGGAACCGACUCUUUUUGGAGGGGGGAGGAGGGGGGGCGACUCUGUGAGAUAUCGGACAGGGUUUAUGAGCAGAGACGAUGCGAGCCAGAGAAUGAAUAGCUGGUAUACCUGCUCAGGCAUGCCGUUAAGUCGUCAUGUCUGAUUGAAUGAAUAUUAAAAAAAAAACGAUACUCAAACUGAAGCUUCUACUAUCGUCUCUAAACUGACAUUUCCCCACUUCCCACACGU